UCUUUCGAGCUAUCAGCGCUUGUUUGCUCAACAAUUUUAUUUUGAAAAAAGUCAUUUUCAUUGUAAAAUAUUUUUAAUAAAUUCAAACGCGAGCAAAAAAUUUCGAGCAAAUUUUUUUUGUACAAAAAAAUUAAGUUCAAAUAAAUGCUAACUUUUAAAGUUUGAUUUUAUUUACGCAAAAGUCAAAUCUCAAAAUUAAAUGUCCGUUAAAAUUCAAAUUUCAUACGCAAACCACACACUUCAGCAACAACAACAAAGAACGAAUUGUUACAAUAGUAGCCACACGCGCCAAACAGCACCAGCUCGCUUGAAAUUUUGAAAUUGUUCUUUAAAUAAUUUACAAACUUGACGGGAUUAUGGACGCAACAGCUGCAACGCGACAGGUCUGUAUCAACUCGAGACCGCCAAGUUCGUAUAAUGUCAUUUGUAAUAAAUGCAAUUCGUUGCCGAAGUUCGCACACUUCGUUGACUUUUUGGAUCACAGUCGCGCGGUGCACGGCCCCAUAGUGCGACGUGUGAGUGCGACUCAAAGCGCGCUCUCCAUUGUUGCGGAGGACACGCUGGUAUCCGCACGCGGCAGUAUCUCUCAUCUGAGCGCACAUAGUUGCGCUAGUCCCACCUUUACCGGCUCAUCGCUCUCCAACACCAUUUCCGACAGCCACUUCGAUCUGAACACACUUAAGCGCCAGAGUUUGCUGGAUGUUAUCGGACUGCUGAACAAGUGUUUCUGCAUUUGGCAUCGGCCAUCGCGCGAAUGCAUGCCGCGCAGUGAGCGUCUGCAUGCCUAUCAGUUGCUGCUGUUGAAGUUGCGAGAACAUAUGCCCUUCGUGACGUUUCGCGAUGCGCGCAGUAUUGUACAGCAGAUAAUACGUAUUUACCUGAGGAAGCAGCGGUUGGGCGAUGCCGAUGGCGCUUCGCCGAAAGAUCGUGUGGAUGAUGACGCGGUUGAUUGGCGUGUGUCGCGCCAAUUGCGCGCUAUGAAAUCGAAGGCGGUUUUGGAUAAACUCACAUUUUUGCGCGGUUGUGAUGAUAAAGAUGUGGAGGAGCUCGUGCCGGACAAACACUGCGCUUUCUGCAAUAUCGGCUUUCAAAACACCGAAACUUUGUGGACUCACAUGGUGAGCGCGCAUUUGCCGGCACGUAAGCAGCAACGCAACAGUAAUAUAAUGGCCGAUACUAUGGUCUCGGAAUCCACAAUGGAUACAGUCUAUUCUAGUGGUAGACGUAGUCACGUCUCGCGUUCCACUUUCGAUACGGCAACGGAUACUACGCAGCAGUCGCAAACCGUUUCCGAGCCCACUAAUUUGAGACGCAGUCGUCGUCGUCGUCGUGGUAUUUUUCGGAAUAGACCAUAUUUGCGCGCAAAAAAUAAGGUGGUUUCUCUGAAGCGGCUACGCCAACGUCCUCAAUCGUCAAGACAUGUCAGAAGUGAUGGAGACUCCGUUAGUGUAGAAACGAAAUUCUCCACCUCUCACCUCCCAGACUAUACCGAUCAAUUUCUCGAAGAGUUCAUCGAUCUCUACCGUGAACAGACAUGCCUAUGGCAAACGAACUCGCCCGAGUACCGCAAUCGCAAGCUUAGACAAGCAGCGUACGAUGUACUUCAUAAGAAAUAUUGUCAAUCACGUAAUGUGCCCUCUGUCAGCCUAACCAAGAUCAAAUCGCUUAUACGUAAAUUACGUUACUACUAUGAUCGGCUACAACAACCACACGCUGAUCGCUUUCGCAGUCAAAUUUGGCGACAAAUGUCGUUCAUCGAUAGUUGCAGAACGCCACCCAAGCGUAAACGUAGCCACAGCGCAGACACAUAUAAAACCAUCGUCUACGAUUGUAGUGAAUGUCCGCGUAAAUUUAAACGACCCGCAGCGUACGCCAAGCAUAUUCUAAAAACACAUCCACCCACCGAAUGUCCGCCGUGUAAUGAGAAUUUCAAUAGCGCCGAUGAGCUAGUCCAUCAUCUACUCUAUAUGCAUCGCAAGGAAACGGAUUGUCCGCUAUGUAAAGAGGGUCAGAAUGAAUGGCGCAGUGCGUCUCAUCUCAAUCAACACUUCUUCGAACAUCGUUGUCCCACCUGCGCGGAGAUCUUUCGCGAUGGCACCAACUAUCGACGGCAUCGCGCCAAGUGUCGGAAUAUAAAUCGCUUCCGUUGUAAGCAUUGUGCUUCUAAGUUUACCAGCACCAUGGACUUUCGACGUCAUGCAAUGGCCUCACAUCAGGAGGAUCGACCGUUUCGUUGUGAGGAUUGCGAAGUUAGUUUUAAGUACUUGGCGCCAUUGGCCAAACAUCGACGGCUACACAAACGAGUGCAAUCCUAUUAUGCGCCGUGAGCAUAACUCACGAUGGUAUCGGUGUAACAUGUGAACUGACACAGCUCUAAGUUAGUUUUAAUUGGAAAAUUUUAAGUUGAAUUAAAAUAACCAUCAUUACAAAAGA